GACAAAUCGGGCGGGCCAACUGCGAGCCAAUUGAUUCGAACAAACGAGCGCCGAGAAAGUAGAGAGAGAGAGGCGGAGCGGCCAUGGCGACAGCGGUCAGCGGCCGGUGGACGCGCGUCCGCACGCUCGGCCGCGGCGCGUCGGGCGCGGUGGUAUCGCUCGCCGCCGACGCGGCCUCGGGCGCGCUCUUCGCCGUCAAGUCCGCCGCGGCGAGCGCCGCCGCGGCGGAGCAGCUGCGGCGCGAGGGGGCCAUCCUGUCCGCGCUCCGCUCGCCGCACGUCCUCCCCUGCCUCGGCUUCCGCGCCGCCGCCGACGCCGGGGGCGAGUGCCAGCUCUUCCUCGAGUUCGCGCCGGGGGGCUCCCUCGCCGACGUCGCGGCGAGGAGCGGCGGCGGGCGGCUGGGCGAGCGCGCCGUCCGCGCGUACGCGGCGGACGUGGCCAGGGGCCUGGCGUACCUCCACGGGCGCGCGCUCGUGCACGGGGACGUCAAGGCCGCCAACGUCGUGAUCGGCGCCGACGGCCGCGCCAAGCUCGCGGACUUCGGGUGCGCCAGGUCGGCCGCGGCGGGCUCCGCGCGCCCCCUCGGCGGCACGCCGGCGUUCAUGGCGCCCGAGGUGGCGCGCGGGGAGGAGCAGGGCCCCGCCGCCGACGUCUGGGCGCUGGGGUGCACCGUCCUCGAGCUGGCCACGGGGCGCGCCCCGUGGGGCGACCUCGGCGACCUCCUCGCGGCCGUGCACCGAAUCGGGUACACGGACGCCGUGCCGGAGGUGCCCGCGUGGAUGUCCGCGGAGGCCAGGGACUUCCUGGCCCGGUGCUUCGCGAGGAACCCGCGCGACCGGUGGGCGGCGGCGGAGCUCCUGGAGCACCCGUUCCUGGAGUCCGCCGGCAAGGCGGACGAGGUCGCGGCGGAAUGGGUGUCCCCCAAGAGCACGCUGGACGCGGCGCUCUGGGAGUCCGACUCCGACGACGAGGGCGACGUGCCGGAGAGCCCCGCCCGGAGAAUCAAGGAACUGGCCGGCGCCUGCUCGGCCUUGCCGGACUGGGAUUCCGACGAAGGCGACUGGAUCCAGGUGCUCGACGAGCAAUGUCAAGCCUGCGAUCUGGUGCCGACGAACGAGGCGGCCAAGGAGAUGGCCGGCGAAGACAAGUGCCAGCUGCCGAGUGAAGCAUCGGAAACAGAGGUUGAUUCCAUCGACGCCGAUGCGGAGGGCGUUGAUCCUGAGUGUUCUGUAGCUGUAGCAUUAUUAGCUGCGCCGUCAGCUGAGCAGCAGGUAGAGCCGUGCAGCGGUUCUUGGAGUGAUCCAUCUGUAUUCGCUGUCACAGAAUUGAAAUGUCAAAAGCCAUUUUUACUGCCAAAAUGUCCCCUUUUCCCUCCGUCCUCUGCUCUACAACUCGCUCUGCUAGACCUGAUGAUUGAUUAUCCGAUCCACAUUGUUCUAAGACAUCUAGAACUGCCGAACAGCUUGGGCGCUGCGACGAUUCCAGAAACAUUGUUCUAG